AUGUUCUUUGCCGGCAUCGAGCCUUCCAAGCCGACACCCGCCGAGGACAACCCGCCACCAUCCAAGGACCCAUUCGAGGGGCUCAUCGAACACCUGCGGGCAGUCCUAGCACCCAAGCGGGCCCAUCCAUCCAUCUGGAUCCCACGGAAGAGCCCCCAGCCCACCCCGGAGUACCGGGUCCUGCUGGUCCCCAAGUCAAUCAGCUUCCCGCCCCGAAAAACUAGACCCUCCUCCACAUCCACCAAUGCAGUCGCCCACUCGCCACUCUCGCCACUAUCCCAGUCCUCCCCACUCUUCCCCGACGGGAUCAUCACCCCGAUCUGGAUCAGAAAACAUCGCGACAUGAUCCCCUCAGUCUUUGUGCUCACACUCAGGCUAUGGGAGCCAGCCCAACACCAGUCUCCCCAUCCCACUGAGCACGAAAAAUUCGACCACCAACUGAUCUACGAAAUCUCCGAGCGGAAGAAGACAACGUCUGAACGGGGCAUCAAACUGGCCGUCAUCAUCCUCACCUCACGAUACAUGCUCGACAACCCCCAGCUGGACACCAGACUCAGCUACAUCCGAAAGAAAUCCACACUCGACACGCGCGCCUCCCUCUUCGUCCUGUCCCCCGUCCCAGCCCAUGACCUCGUCAACUUUGUCCAUACGCUCAAGGCCGAGCUCUACGAAUCCACGAUCGACUACUACCGCGAGCAUUCCCGAAGGGUCCGCAGGAAACGGAGCAGGUCCACCUCGAACGCCUUUGCACAAUCUACCAGCUAUCACCAGCCAGGACAGCCCGUACUCACCCCGCUGAGCCCCCAAGGAUGGAGCGUCCGGAGCGACUACAAGCUGGCUACGUUUGCCGAAUUCCGUCAGGAGUAUGAGCUCGCCAUCAAGUCUUACGAAGACUGCUGGGAAGGACUGCUCCAGAUGUUCAACAGUACUGCCGUCCUGCCUCCAAGAACGAAAAGAUGGGCAGAGGCAAAGGUUCUGAUCGACUGCAUCAGUUUUAAGGCAAGCUCCGCCCUCUUUCACCCAGCCAGAUUACCAAAUACUCAUCUGGUCUUCAGCUCUCUACCCUCUCUCUCUCCACAGAUCUCCAAGCUUUAUUUGUAUUCGAAUGAGCCGACUAGAGCGAUGUAUCAGUUCAACAAACACAUCGCCAAGUUCCGCGAGCUGUGCAACGGCUGGGGGAUCGGCGACGAGACCUACGAGUUCUGGGCCUGGCUGUCGAAGCAAUACACCGUGCUAGCCGACCUGGUCGACAUCGGCUGUCGCAACGGGAUGCGGCUGCCCAACCUCUGUCCCCCAUUGAUGGCGCCCAGCGACAAGACCCGGACCAGUUCACCCGUCUUAUCCGACUCGAGACUGCUCGCCGGCGGGGCUAUAAACUUGACCGGCGUGCUCGUCCACCCCGGCUUCUACUACUUCUAUGCCGCCCAAUGCGCCGUCGAGCGUCGCAAUAAGUUCCAGGCUAGUGAGGCCGCUGAGGAGGAGAUGCGCGCGAUCGCCCAGGCCAAGGACGAAUCCAACUCGUUCCAGGCUUCGCCUGCUCUGGCGCACGAGCGAAAGAUAAACCAUGGGGAACUGAUCAUCAGUUUGUACACAAAAGCAUACGAGAUCUUCAAGACCGUCGGCGCGAGUCGGAUGACCCUGUUCCUGGCGCUCAAGAUCGCCCACGUCCAUUACCACCAGAACGACCACCCCACGGCGUGCAAGUUCUUCGAGCGGAUCGUGCCCUCGUAUCGUAAAGCGGGCUUCACCAGCCUGCUCGACACUCUUCUGUAUCUCUCUUUCCGCAACUUGAGCGCGCUUACUGCGAAAACGACGACGACGACGGCGACGACCGAGAGUGCGGCUUCUGAAGCUGGCCCCGCAUCCAAGGAGGCGGUCGAGUUGUUCAAAGUCACCCUCGAACUCUUGGCCAACGAGAACCUACAGGCGUCUCCAACCGGGAGUAGUGGCGCAGAUCUUCGCACGUCGUUGGCCGGCUUGCUCGAGCCCCUUUCGCAGUCUCCGACAGUGGAGACUGACGUGACGACGCUUACGAUCGAGCCAUCGGCCUUCCCAGUGCGAUCCCAAGUGAAGUUUUGGGAGCCGUCCAUCGCGCUUGGCGAGACGGUUGAGUUCCAGGUCUUGGUGAACAUCCCGCAAGGAUUUGCGGACAGCCGGCCGACGAUGGCCCGGCUGAGUCUGAAGUUCACGGCCAUGCCUGUGCUCACGAUCAACCACCACGCAGGUCAGGCAGGGCCCAACCAAGGCUCGCAGACGCUCGAUAUUGGGACACUUUCCGGCGACGAUGAUGAAGCAUUGUCUAGCCAGACGCUGGACCUCCAUGUGGCUGAUAAGUCCUAUUGGCUGAUCACAGGCCGGUUGAGGCCGACUGUGGUCGCCAAAAUCGCCCUCGAACAGCUCGUCUUUCGCUUCGAUAACAUCCUCAACGGCCGCCGCUUCGAUCUCGUCGUCGCGCCUGACCCGGCCGCAGACCUUGCUCAUCCAGCACGCUGGAUUGAAAGAAUUGAUUCUGCGAGCCAGCAGCCCGUCUUCCUCAACACAGAGAGCUUCGAGUCGAUGUGCAAGGUGCAGCACAAAAAACCCGAGCUCUCAUUUUCUUUGGAGGCCGAGCCCUGUGGGAUCAUCCAUAAAGCACACGAUCUGCGCGUCGUCAUCGGCAAUCUUGAGCAGGAGGCUUUACAUUUGAAGCUUCUUGUCAAGCUGCAAUCUCCCUCUACCAACGAUACGCUCGAGAUGGAUGGCGAAACGCACAGGAUCGCGUCACUCUUGACUCUGAAGCUUGGGCCGAUCAAGCCGUCGGAAACGCUCCAGAAAAGGUUAAGCUUCGUGCCGACAGAAGUGGUUGGCAGGCGCGUAGUGGAGCUCAGUCUGGCGAUCAAAGCGGCCGUCGACGAUCGGCACAUCAGCCAAAACAAGGACGAGGCGCAGGAUAAAGAGGGAGACAAUGAUGACGAUGACGAUGAAGACGAUGACCAGAAGCUGGACAGUCUGAGAGUGUUCAAGAUCACCCGGGAAGCCGCGCUCGAGAUCGAGGACCCCGUCCGGCUCCAGUACACCGUCCAGCACUUCCAUCAGCCGUACCAUCCCCAGCGGCCAUCUUAUUUCACGGCUUCGAAGAUCCGCCAUCGCUGUGUUCUUAACCUCGUGAUCUCUAAUACUUCUUCACAGACAGAUCAGGCUUUCUUAGCUUUGUUGGAUUCGAUCAGGGUUCAGAGUGUUGCACUUUCCUUGCAGACAGCAUCAUGUCCCGUGAGGAUGAUAUCCUGUUCUCUGCCUGACUAUCACUCCUCGGAAUUAGAUAUAGGAAUGGAGACCGGAAAUUCGUUUGCGAUCAGUUAUGUCCUCGAGGUUGAAGUUGAUCCCGUUCAGGAAAAAGUGACAGGCUGUUUUGUUGAAGUGAGAUGGGCGUGUCCUUCCCCGGAUGGGGCCCAAGACACCCAUUCGAAACAGAUUCCACUAGAGAUCGAUCGGCCGACUUUAGCCCCGAUAGCGGUACUCACGGACCUCAAACCGCAUCUCAAACUGAUGGAACCAGUGGAAGUGAAUUACAUGAUUGAGAAUCGAGACCCGACGAGGACAGCCGACCUGGUCGUCAAGCUUUCUGAGCCCCCGACGAGCAGCAAGGGCGGCAGUGAAUGGAUGAUUUCUGGGCCGAAGUUGAUCAACUCGGUCUUGGUCUUGCCCCGCUCGUCCAAAGUGAUUUCUCUGGUCUGUAUUCCGACCCAACUGGGCCAGAUCAGCGGCCCGAAGGUCGAGGUGUUCCAGCGGAUAAACGCGCGCAACUUGGUGAUGAUGAGCAGCAGCGAAACCUUGAGUCGAUUGUCGGGCGCACAGGUGCAUCAACCGUCGGUGUCUAGUCUGAAGGACCUGCAAGAGCUCGACUCCAGCUAUGAUGGACCCGACCCACCCACUCCCGCCUCUCAAUCGGCCUCCAAACUCGUGCCCGUCGAGAUCGUCAGAUCCCACACUCUCGCAGAGAAGCUCCCUUCUGUUGGCGAUCCUACUCGGCCCGACGACCAACUCAAGAGCCAGAAUCGAUCGUCUAAGAUCCCGGAUCGAUCGUUGAAAGUCCUAGUCUUGCCUGCUUAA